UGUCUGUCAGUCUGAGAGGAUUUCUAGAAGCUGAAAAGCUUAUCGGAAAAUUGAAAAUUUCUCUCCCACAUGCAUUAUAUUUGAAACAUCAGAAAAUUCAUAUUUUUGUUGUAAUAAUGACAAUUUUGAUCAAAUUUUUUCUCGAGUUUUUCAUAGACGAUGGCAUACAUUUCGGAUUCUUGGUAGUGAAUCUAGUAAACUAUAUAGUUCUGCUUCAGUUUAUAGAUAUUGUACUGCUGUAUCGAUCGUAUUUCAAAAUUCUGAAUGACCAGUUGAAUCAUUUGAAAAAUAACAACAUAUCUUUCCAAAUCCCUCGACACCAUACCACACUGAAUGAGAACCUACUGAAGACAAAUUUCAUCGCCGAUGUGACGGGUCCUUGUAAGAACGUAGCUAUCUACAGAUUGAGAAUCAUACGAGAAACUCAUAGAUUUUUGUACAGUUUACAAACUGAGUUUUCGGCUUUCUUCUCUUUCCAACUGCUGUGUAGUAUAUCUAGUAUAUUUGUAUCUAUAAUACAGAAUCUGUAUUUUUUCGCACUUUUUGCUUUCGGGGUGCUGGCAAUGUACAAUCCACGUUUCUGGAUGAGUAUGGUGAACGCUCUGCUUACAGCAUUAUUGAAUUUUGUCAUUUUGGUAAUAUUGGUUCAAGUUUGUACCAUCACAAGUGAAGAGGUAAGCAACACAAGUAUCCUGGUGCACGCUCUUCUUAAUAAUGAAGACACAAAUUCUGAUUUGAACGAAGAUUUACUGUUAUUCUCAAACCAACUGAGUCAUGAAAAAGUUGUAUUUACUGCGUGCGGAUUUUUCAACUUGGAUUUCACCCUUAUAAACACAGUGUUUGGUGCAGUUUCAACUUAUAUGAUCAUCCUCAUCCAAUUCCAGAUAACAUCAUAGGUGUAGCUAAAUAUUUAAAUGCACAAACAAAGCUUCAAGGUUUUAAUUUAUAGCUGCAUCAUAAUUAUAUGAGGAAAAGUGGUAAUUUUGGCAUCUUAAAUAUUAUAUGAUCAUCCUUAUAAAAUUUCAGAUAACAUCAUAAGUGAUAGCCAAAUAAUCAGAUGCACAGAUAAAAUUUAAAGUUCUAAUUUACAGCUUCAUAAAAAUUACAUGAGAAAAACUGGUCGCAUUUUGUCAUCUUUAAAUGAAAGCUCAAAUGAGAAAUGGAUAAUAAAAGUUUAAGAGCAU